AUGGCCUUCUCCUUCCCCUCCCUCCUGGCUCUCGCCCUCCUGAUGAGCAGCACCAUCACCACCACCCUCGCUCUCCCCUGGCAAAUCGCCGGCCUCGGCCGCUACCCUCGCCCCCCAAUGGCCUACCACCAACCCUACCCAACCUUCACCAUUUCCACGUCCGCACAAGGCGUCUUCGAAACAUAUCCCGCUGGCCCUACCGGGACGGGCACCGGAACAGCAGCCUACGCAACCGCAACCGGAACCGCGAUCACAACCAUCCUCCCACUCCCGCUGCACACCAACGCAGUCGAUUUCAAAAAAUGGCAUCUCGCCUCCCUGCUUCCUCCUUUUCCUCCUCCUCAACAACAACCACCACCACCACCACCACCACCCAUGAUGACAGGCACCGGCACCGGCACCGGCACCGGCACGGGAAUCGCCACCGGCACAGCACCUCCUUCAACCUCCCAAUCCCCUCAACCUCCUCAACCUCCUCUUCCUGCUGCCCCUCCCGCUCCAUGCAAGCAAUUCAACGGCCUCGCACGGAAACCCGAUUUCAAACCCCAUUUCCCCGUUUCUACAGCUCCUGCUCCUGCUCCUCCUCCCGAAUCCGCAGCACCGACAGCGCCAACAGCUCCAACGGCUACGGGUCCCAUGCCGACGGCUGGGACUGGAACUGGAACUGGAAGUCCGAUGCCGACUGCUUAUUACUACUACUCCUAG